UGUCUCUCUCUCUCUCAAAAAUAGUAAAAAAAAUUUUCUUUUUUAAAUUAUGUAUAGAAUCACAGCUCAAGUUGUACUUCGUAAGACCUUGUUACAGGUAUUCCUGGGACAGGCUGCAGGCAAAGUGGAAUUCUGAAGUCCCUCAUACACAAUUGUCUCCCUCUCGAGAAGGACGACGAGUAUCACGAUACAGUUGAUUGCUGUGUUUCACUGUGUUUACAACUGCCGCUGUCUUCCUCCGUGGACUAGAGCAAUUUGCUUGAAGGCCGUGGGCCACAGUUCAUAACUGAGGAUGACACAGCAUGACGUGAAACUCCACCGCUGCUUCAGAGGCCUCCUCUGGCUGGGGACAUGGUCGCAUAAACACCCGUUGGUUGCUUCUGACAGGUGCUGACAUGGAAACCCGUAAAAGGCGUGUGUGUGUGGAGGGGGUGGGGGGCAGGGGCGGCAAAGAGCAGGAUUUGCCCCACUGCUGAUGGAGGGGCGAGGGGCUGGUUGGUGAAGAACCGAGGAGGUGAUCUGGAGGUGUGUGCGGACGUGGGCACUCUUAACAUCAGGUACUGCUGAAACAGUCGUUUUGGAGGAAAAGUUGGUAUUCUGUAAGUGAGAGUCAAGGCACCCCUGGGUGGCUCAGUUAAGCAUCCAGCUCUUGGUUUCGGCUCCGGUCGGGGUCUCACGGUUUCAUGAGUUCAAGCCCCUCGUUAGGCUCUGCGCCAGCAGCAUGGAACCCGCUUGGGAUUCUCUCUCUCCCUCGCUCUCUGCCCCUCCCCCACUUGUGCUCUCUCCGUCUCUCUCAAAAUGAAUAAAUACACUUAAAAAAAAAAACUUGAGGGGCACCUGGGUGGCUCAGUCGGUUGGGCGUCCCAACUUCGGCUCAGGUCAUGAUCUCGCAGUUUGCGGGUUCGAGCCCCACGUUGGGCUCUGUGCUGACAGCUCAGAGCCUCGAGUCUGCUUCAGAGUCUGUGUCUCCCUGUCUUUCUGCCCUUCCUCUACUUGUGCUGUGUCUUUCUCUCUCUCUCUCUCUCAGAAAUAAAUGUUAAAAAAAUUUUUUUUAAAACUUAUACAAAAAUUGUAAAAUGGACAGACCGCACGAUGGAAGCAUUGUAGCUCUAUGGAAUUGCCCUCUGAAGUGCUCACACUGAGCGAAGAAUGUUUGUUGCUUUGCUCUGUGGAUAACCACGGAAGAUCAGUUGGUAAGAACCGACGUUGUUGGCAUCAGACAUUAACAAAACUUGAUUUGACUCGUCAGACCGAGCAACUGCCUGCGUGCUUGUCUACCCUUCUCAGUGACGCCAAGUUUGCCUUUCAUCUGGUACGUGUUUGUGUUAAUGGUGUUUCACAUUUUAGGAGCCAUUGACCUUCAAGGACGUGGCUGUGGUGUUCACCGAGGAGGAGCUGAGGCUUCUAGACCCCACCCAGAGGAAGCUGUACCGAGAUGUGAUGCUGGAGAACUUCCGGAACCUGCUGUCCCUGGGAGACAAGAAUGAAAAGGAUCUGGAGUAUAAUCAAGAAAGGGAACUUAAGUGCCUUUCCUACAGAGAGCUGUCCUACUGGAAAAUCGGGGAACAGGCGGCUGCUGAAUUAACUGGGAGUCAAGACCGUAGAGGGAAUCUUCAAGGGAAGGAUUUCCAGUUCUCGGAGGACGCUUCUCCCUGCCAGGGGUGGGAAGGAGCAUCUCCUCGGGGUUCGCCAAUUGGCAAUUUGGCCGGCGGUCUUCAAGGACCCAUCGGUUCGGAAAAUCAAGCGUUUCCACCCUGGAAAGCUCUAAGACCGGUAUCCGUUCAAGAAUCUUGGAUGAAAGCCUUUGUGAACGAGUCGUGGAAUGUUCUGGAAAGGUGUAAAAAACUUGACACGCAGGGUACAACGUAUAAACCUGAGUGGGAUGGUUUCGGCUUCCGCUGGGUGUCACGUUGUCACGAUGACCACGGGUUACCUGAAAGAGAGAGACCGUCUGAUCGCGAGCGCUGUGGAAGAGACCGCCUGAAAAAGUCAACCCUCCGUCACCCUGCCCCGGAAGAGGAUGACCUGAGAAGCAGCGAACGCGGAGAUGGCCUCAGGGGCGCCUCGCACCUUCCCGCCCAGCCCGGAGCACCCUGGAAAGAGAAAGCCGGUAGAUAUCCCGAGGGUGGUACGGGCUUGAGGCAGACCGCCCGCCUCGAGGGGCCCCAGAGGGCCCCCACGGACGAGAAACCCUCCAAGGGUAACGGGCGCGCCCGGGGCCUCCGGCAGAACGCGCGCGGUCCCAGCCGGCCCCGGGCCCCCGCCGGGGAGAUGCCCUACCGAUGCGACGUGUGCGGGAAGGGCUUCCGGUAUCAGUCGAUUCUGCUCAUCCACCAGGGCGUGCACACGGGAAAGAAGCCCUACGCGUGUGAGGAGUGCGGGAAGGCCUUCGGUCGAAGCUCCAACCUGCUCGUCCACCAGCGGGUCCACACCGGGGAGAAGCCCUACAAGUGCGGCGAGUGCGGGAAGGGCUUCAGCUACAGCUCGGUGCUGCAGGUGCACCGGCGGCUGCACACGGGCGAGAAGCCCUACGCGUGCGGCGAGUGCGGCAAGGGCUUCUACGCCAAGUCCGCGCUCCACAAGCACCGGCACGUGCACCCCGGGGAGAAGCCCUUGGGCUGCGGCGCCGAGUGCGGGAAGGGCCUCUCGUGCGGCUCCCACCCGAGCAGCCGCCAGAAGGCGCACGCGGGGCAGAAGCCCUACCGGUGCGACCAGUGCGACAAGGGUUUCAGCUACAACUCGUACCUCCGGGCCCACCAGCGGGUUCACACGGGGCAGCGCCUCUUCGACUGCGACGUGUGCGGGAAGAGCUUCAGCUACAGCUCGGGGCUGCUCCGGCACCAGAGGCUGCACACGGGGGAGAAGCCCUACAAGUGCGAGUGCGGGAAGGGCUUCGGCCGAAGCUCGGACCUCCACGUCCACCAGAGGGUCCACACCGGGGAGAAGCCCUACAAGUGCGGCGAGUGCGGGAAGGGCUUCCGGCGCAAUUCGGACCUCCACAGUCACCAGAGGGUCCACACGGGGGAGAGGCCGUUCGUGUGCGACGCGUGUGGCAAGGGCUUCAUUUACAGCUCCGACCUCCUCAUCCACCAGAGGACCCACACGGGCGAGAAGCCCUACAAGUGUGCCGAGUGCGGCAAAGGCUUCAGUUACAGCUCGGGGCUCCUCAUCCACCAGAGGGUCCACACCGGCGAGAAGCCCUACAAGUGCGAAGCGUGCGGGAAGGGUUUCCGGUGCACGUCGAGCCUCUACAAACAUCAGCGGAUCCACACGGGGAAGAAGCCGUACACGUGUGAGGAGUGUGGCAAGGGCUUCAGUUACGGCUCAAAUCUGCGCACCCACCAGAGACUGCACACGGGGGAGAAACCCUACACGUGUUACGAAUGUGGCAAGGGCUUCAGGUACGGCUCUGGUCUCCUCAGUCACAAGAGGGUGCACACGGGAGAGAAGCCCUACAGAUGCGACGUGUGUGGGAAGGGCUACAGUCAGAGCUCACAUCUUCAAGGCCACCAGAGGGUCCACACUGGUGAGAAGCCCUACAGGUGCGAGGAGUGCGGGAAGGGCUUUGGGCGAAGCUCCUGUCUUCACGUCCACCAGAGGGUCCACACCGGCGAGAAGCCCUACAGGUGCGGGGAGUGCGGGAAGGGCUUCAGUUACAGCUCAGGGCUGCGGAAUCACCAGCGAGCGCACGCUGGCGAGAAACCGGGGAAGCAGACACGCGCCGAGGCAGAACUCAGAACUUGACGCCCGUCUGAGCGCCGACGCAGGAGGAAGGCUUUGCCAACGGGAUGCGCAGGGAGGGCUCCGGUGGAGGGUGACCCGUCCCAGCAGUUGGCCUGCCCAGGAAGGGACGAUCCGGAAGGUUGAUAGAUGAGAAAAGCACUUGGGUCGCCAACUUUGCUCUCCAAGGGUCUGUCCCCCAGAGGGCCGUCCUUGAAGUACGGCGGGGCCUCGGUAAAAAUCGCCGCUCUCAUCAGAGUCGGCCCAGGAGGGAGCUUCUUACGAAUGACCUAGGAGUGUGUCCGAGGAGCAGACUGUGAACGUGGAUUCCUUGCCGGGUGGGGGAGAGGGGGGAAUACCUACACAUGGGACAAAUGUAGGAAAAAGUCGUCACCUUACUAAAACCGACAUCGUGCGUACCUUUUAGAAGAUGGUUUCUACAAAAAUGGAGAGAUGAUGCGCACGUUGGUUAGGGCAAGUCACUUUCAGAAGGCUGGGAACAGUUCGAGAGUCCGCCUCUUGGCAGGUGUAUCUCCACGUGAUGUAUCGCCAUCAUGUUUUUAUCAUGCUGCGGUGAAUGUGUUUUAUCUCCUAGAGAUACACCGCUCUCCUAGACAGGCUGUGCUGUAUGGCAGGACCAUCGCAUUUUAUCAAGUUUUAAAAACACAGUCCGACUGGCAUUGCAUUGAAUUUAUUGGUUAAUUUAUUGCUGUCAUGAAUAUUUCUGCCCCGUUCGUUUCGUUUCCCCGUGUUUUUAAAGAUACAUAUUAGAGCAUUUAAAAAAACCCAGAAACACCCCUUUAACUUGUCAGAACAGAACAUAGAGUCACCAAAGCCACCAUCGGUGGGACCUGUGGAAAUAGGCACUCGUGAAUAUACUGGUAGGAGUGAAAAUAAGUAGUCUUUUUUUGGAAAGGAUUUGUCAGUGUAUCGAGUCCAAUUUGUAUAACCUUUGAAGUGGCAAUGAGUGUGUAGUCAUUGGUAGUUGGGAGAUAGUUGCACAUGUGGAAGAAUAUGUAUGCCUCCAGCUGAGUUUCUUAGAGUUUUCUUACUAUAGCAAAAAAAAAAAAAAAAAAAAAAACAA